AUGUAUAGGAGUGUCCCUGUCUGCAACAAGAUAUGUGCACGGAGAUCUAACGAGAGGAAUAAGGAGAUACACAAGCGGAAGUUGAGGGAAAUGCGGUAUGAUUGGCCUGCCAUCGACACUCGGGAGCCCGAGGUGUGUCAUCUUGAGCAUGUACGAGUUAAUGCCAAGCGUGAGCAGCUCCUCGAGGAAAGGUACACCGAGAUUGACAGGGAGAACCGCAUCUUAUUGCAGGUUGGUUCUUCAUUCCGGAAUUACUAG